AAGGUUGAAUUGGGAAAUCUCGUGUAUUAUCAAAGUGAAUUUAUUGAAGUACGGAAAUCUAAGUUAGGCGAGAACGGUUUGUUCUUUCUAGAACAAGUGCAUUGCGUUUAAUUAGUUUUACAAAUAAAAUCCUCAAAUUUCAGUGUUUCCUCAACAAUCAAAAUGCAGAUAUUUGUAAAAACCCUGACUGGCAAGACCAUCACUUUAGAAGUAGAGCCAUCAGACACAAUUGAGAAUGUAAAGGCAAAAAUUCAAGACAAAGAAGGCAUUCCUCCAGACCAACAAAGACUCAUCUUUGCCGGUAAGCAGCUUGAAGACGGCCGUACCUUGUCUGAUUACAAUAUUCAGAAGGAAUCUACUCUGCAUUUAGUUUUGCGAUUGAGAGGUGGUAUGCAGAUUUUCGUAAAGACCCUGACCGGCAAGACUAUCACUCUGGAGGUAGAGGCGUCAGACACCAUUGAGAAUGUAAAGGCAAAGAUUCAGGACAAAGAAGGCAUUCCUCCAGACCAACAAAGGCUCAUCUUUGCCGGUAAGCAGCUUGAAGACGGCCGUACCUUGUCUGAUUACAAUAUUCAGAAGGAAUCUACUCUGCAUUUAGUUUUGCGUCUAAGAGGUGGUAUGCAGAUAUUUGUAAAGACCUUGACUGGCAAGACCAUCACUCUGGAGGUAGAGGCGUCAGACACCAUUGAGAAUGUAAAGGCAAAGAUUCAGGACAAAGAAGGCAUUCCUCCAGACCAACAAAGACUCAUCUUUGCCGGUAAGCAGCUUGAAGACGGCCGUACCUUGUCUGAUUACAAUAUUCAGAAGGAAUCUACUCUGCAUUUAGUUUUGCGAUUGAGAGGUGGUAUGCAGAUUUUCGUAAAGACCUUGACUGGCAAGACUAUCACUCUGGAGGUAGAGGCGUCAGACACCAUUGAGAAUGUAAAGGCAAAGAUUCAGGACAAGGAAGGCAUUCCUCCAGACCAACAAAGACUCAUCUUUGCCGGUAAGCAGCUUGAAGACGGCCGUACCUUGUCUGAUUACAAUAUUCAGAAGGAAUCUACUCUGCAUUUAGUUUUGCGAUUGAGAGGUGGUAUGCAGAUUUUCGUAAAGACCCUGACCGGCAAGACUAUCACUCUGGAGGUAGAGGCGUCAGACACCAUUGAGAAUGUAAAGGCAAAGAUUCAGGACAAAGAAGGCAUUCCUCCAGACCAACAAAGACUCAUCUUUGCCGGUAAGCAGCUUGAAGACGGCCGUACCUUGUCUGAUUACAAUAUUCAGAAGGAAUCUACUCUGCAUUUAGUUUUGCGAUUGAGAGGUGGUAUGCAGAUUUUCGUAAAGACCCUGACCGGCAAGACUAUCACUCUGGAGGUAGAGGCGUCAGACACCAUUGAAUGUAAAGGCAAAGAUUCAGGACAAAGAAGGCAUUCCUCCAGACCAACAAAGGCUCAUCUUUGCCGGUAAGCAGCUUGAAGACGGCCGUACCUUGUCUGAUUACAAUAUUCAGAAGGAAUCUACUCUGCAUUUAGUUUUGCGUCUAAGAGGUGGUAUGCAGAUAUUUGUAAAGACCUUGACUGGCAAGACCAUCACUCUGGAGGUAGAGGCGUCAGACACCAUUGAGAAUGUAAA